AUGCUCAAUCCAAGCCAGACCCCAUCGCCCAAACCCAAAAGCCGCUUCUUUUCGAACCUUCGCCGGUCGUUACGAUCCAAUUCACAACUCACCAGCGUGCCCGAAUCACUAUUUGAUCCCGUACCUAAAACACUUUUCAGCACGGCUACCGAAUCCCCCAGUCAUGCUGAUACCAGCUCUAGCUACGCGACUAGUUCCAGCUCGAGCAAUCCAUCAUCGCCUGCUUCGAACACUCCUUCCAGGCAGCUGACACCUCCUCAACGUCGACACGCAUCCUCUUUUUCGAAGAUCACAUUCAGCGCGGCUGAGUUUUUGGAGGAUCGCUACAUUUAUGCACAGAGUCCCGAAAAACUGUGUCUCUCACACGAGUUGAUGUCGGAUGAAUCCCUUCCAGAAGAUGACUUGGAACGCGUGCCUUUCUUUGCCAUCCCUACCACCAGGAAGGUCUCUUACGGAACGCAGGAUAUGCAGUCGCAAGAGCAGACAUCCAACGCGCACACUAAACCUAUUCCGGCGAAGAAACCGCUUAUCAAGUUCUAUGAAGAUUAUGGGGACCUCUUGCCAGAGUUUAACUACGAGGAUCCUUGCAGCUCCACCACAGCCCAAAGAAAACCCAUGCCCGCUUCUAACAUCAAUCAGCCCGAAUUUGCUCCUCGUCUUUCCUGUUCGUCUACACCAUCUCCGGGAGGUUUGGACCGUCAUAACGAUCCUUACUGCUCAGAAUCUUAUUCUUCAGAUCUUGGUCACGAUGAUUCACCCACACUUGGCUAUUAUUCAGAAUUUCCCACAACCUCAAAACACUCUUCACCUAAAGCCGUCAAUUGGACCAGCGAAAAAACGCAAGCCAGCCGAAGCCGUAUCAUCGACCCCGGAAAUUUGUUGAUACCAUGCGAUUUUGAUUUCUUGAGCUCCAUUCUCGACACCCCUCCACCAAUCCCACAAGAAACAUUUACGGAUGAUUUGGUUGGCAUGGCUUACUAA